GUGUGUCCUCUAGAGGCCGCUAUAUUUCUGUUUAGAACAGUAGUCCGUUCUGUUUGUAGGCUGGGGAGGAAGACAAGAUUCAACGGAGAAGAUAAUCAAGCUACGGUAGUGUUGGUAGACAUUUGUCAAUUAACUGUCUGAAUAUGUCUAUUCUUAAAUUCGAACCUAUUGCAUUUGGAUAUUUUGGCAGGUGGCACUGCACAAGACAGAACGUCGGGACUAUGGCACGUUGAGUGAUUGAAGAGCACAGCGCUCUCCCUGAAGCCCCAGCCCUGCUGUUCCGUAACCAGAACGAUUUGACAGCUUGUGCUUGUGCGGUGUAACGUGCAGAAAGACGCCAGCUGAACAUUUGUUGUCUUAGCCUACAAUGGCAGACUAAUGUCGGCGAUAAACUGGGAGGGACAACACUUCCAAUGCCCCCCAUAACACCGGCGUGGAAACUCACUGUUUGCAUUUAACGGGGACAACUUAUUUUGAGGGCAUAGGGUUCAAUGUCUCUCCGUCGGUUCUCGGGGGUCUCGGGCUUCGUUGGUGGGGGCGCCGUAUCUCCCGUGAUGGAUACAUCCGCGGCUGUGGAAGGCGACAGGGAGCUGUUCGAGGCCUGCCGAAACGGAGAUGUGGAGAGAGUAAAAAAGCUCGUGAAUCCGGAGAACGUGAAUAGCCGCGACACAGCGGGCAGAAAAUCCACCCCUCUCCACUUUGCUGCAGGUUUUGGUCGCAGAGACGUGGUGGAGUUCCUCCUGCAGAACAGGGCGGAGGUGGACGCCCGCGACGACGGGGGUCUCAUCUCCCUGCACAACGCCUGCUCGUUCGGUCACGGCGAGGUCGUGAAGAUACUCCUCCACCACGGAGCGGACGCCAACUCCAGAGACAACUGGAACUACACCCCGCUCCACGAAGCCGCCAUCAAGGGCAAGAUCGACGUGUGCAUAAUGCUGCUGCAACAUGGGGCUGAACCGACCAUUCGCAACUCCGAUGGGAGGACGCCACUGGACCUGGCAGAGUCCUCCACUAAAGCUGUUCUCACAGGUGACUACAGAAAGGAUGAGCUGCUGGAGAGUGCAAGGAGUGGGAACGAGGAGAAGCUAAUGACAUUGCUAACGCCUCUGAAUGUCAACUGCCAUGCCAGUGACGGGAGGAAGUCGACUCCGCUGCAUCUGGCUGCCGGCUACAACCGUGUGAAGACAGUCCAGCUGCUGCUUCAGCACGGUGCAGAUGUCCAUGCCAAAGACAAGGGUGAUCUGGUGCCUCUUCAUAAUGCCUGCUCGUACGGACACUACGAAGUGACAGAGUUACUCGUGAAGCAUGGGGCCUGUGUAAACGCCAUGGACCUGUGGCAGUUCACACCGCUGCACGAGGCCGCGUCCAAGAACCGCAUGGAGGUCUGUUCCCUGUUGCUAAGCUACGGGGCCGAUCCCACCUUCCUCAACUGCCACAACAGGAGUGCCAUCGACCUGUCACCCACCGCCCAGCUCAAGAAACGCUUGGCAUAUGAGUUCCAGGGUCACGCUCUGCUCCAGGCAGCACGGGAGGCUGACAUGGCGCACCUCAAGAAGCACCUCUCCCUGGAGACCGUCAACUUUAAACACCCCCAGACCCACGAAACCGCCCUGCACUGUGCGUCAGCGUCACCCUACCCCAAAAGAAAACAGGUCUGUGAACUACUGCUAAGAAGAGGAGCCGGCGUGAACGAAAAGACAAAAGACUUCCUGACUGCUCUCCACCUGGCUGCUGAGAGGUCUCAUAACGACGUCAUCGAGGUGCUGGUGAAACACGAAGCUAAAGUAAAUGCCGUGGAUCACCUGGGCCAGACGGCGUUGCACCGGGCGGCCCACUGCGGCCACCUGCAGACGUGUCGGCUCUUGUUGAGUGCUGGCUGUGACCCCCGCCUGACCUCUCUGCAGGGGUUCUCCCCUUCCCAGCUGGGCUCCCACAGCGUGCAGGAGGUGCUACAAGAGGGAGCUUUGGUUGGGAACUCAGACACCGAAAGGCAGCUUCUGGAAGCUUCUAAGUCAGGAGACCUGGAGGUAGUAAAGAAGCUGUGCACGCUGCAGAAUGUGAACUGCAGGGACGUGGAGGGCAGGCAGUCCACCCCUCUGCACUUUGCCGCCGGCUACAACAGGGUGGCCGUGGUGGAGUACCUGCUACAGCACGGGGCCGACGUCCACGCCAAAGACAAGGGCGGUCUGGUGCCCCUGCACAACGCCUGCUCCUACGGGCACUACCAGGUGGCGGAGCUGCUCGUGAUCCACGGCGCCGUGGUGAACGUGGCCGACCUGUGGAAGUUCACGCCGCUGCACGAGGCUGCCGCCAAGGGCAAGUACGAGAUCUGCAAACUACUGCUCCAGCAUGGCGCGGACCCGACCAAGAAGAACCGGGACGGGAACGCGGCUCUGGACCUGGUGAAGGACGGUGACACGGACAUCCAGGACCUGAUGAGGGGGGACGCCGCCCUGCUGGACGCGGCCAAGAAGGGCUGCCUGGCCCGCGUGAAGAAGCUGUGCAGUCCAGCCAACGUCAACUGCAGGGACACACAGGGACGCCACUCCACACCUCUGCACCUGGCUGCGGGCUACAACAACCUGGAAGUGGCGGAGUAUCUUCUGGAGCACGGAGCCGAUGUGAACUCACAGGACAAGGGAGGCCUGAUACCUCUGCACAAUGCUGCCUCAUACGGGCACGUGGACGUGGCGGCGCUACUCAUCCGCUACAACGCGUGUGUGAACGCCAGCGACAAGUGGGCCUUCACGCCGCUGCACGAGGCCUCCCAGAAGGGCCGCACUCAGCUGUGCGCGCUCCUGCUUGCCCACGGCGCCGACCCCGCGCCCUGCAACCAGGAGGGACAGGCGCCGCUCGAGCUCGUCACGGCGGACGACGUUCGGGCGCUCCUGACCGCCGCCACGCCCCCGUCUGCGCUGCCCGCCUGCUACAAGCCGCAGGUCAUCAGCGCGCCAGCCUCAGUUGGCACCCCGCCCCCCGCCCUCUCCUCCAGUGCACCUCCGUCCCCGAUGCCCUCCGCCUCUACCCUGGACACCCAGGGCUCCAGCUUCCCUGAGCUGCCCUCCCUCCUGGAGCCCUCUGGGGCAGAGGACAUAGAGAAGAGGGAAGAAGGCGCUGGAAUGGACCUGAGCAUCAGCCAGUUCCUUCACAACCUGGGCCUGGAGCACCUGCUGGAGAUCUUCGACAAGGAGCAGAUCUCUCUGGACGUGCUGGUGGAGAUGGGUCACAAGGAGCUGAAGGAGAUCGGCAUCAACGCCUAUGGCCACCGCCACAAAAUCAUCAAGGCUGUGGAGAGACUGCUGAGCGGACCACAGAGUCUGAACCCGUACCUGACUCUGAACACGGCCAACAGCGGCACCAUACUCAUAGACCUGGCAGCAGACGACAAAGAGUUCCAGUCUGUCGUGGAUGAGAUGCAGAGUACGAUAACAGAACACAGAGAUGGUGGGCACGCCGGAGGUGUCUUCAACAGGUACACCAUCGUGAAGAUCCAGAAGGUGUGUAACAAGAGGCUUUGGGAGCGCUACACACAUCGCAGGAGGGAGGUCUCUGAGGAGAACCACAACCACUCCAACGAACGCAUGCUCUUCCAUGGCUCUCCGUUCGUGAACGCCAUCAUCCACAAGGGCUUUGACGAGCGGCACGCGUACAUUGGGGGCAUGUUCGGCGCGGGGAUCUACUUUGCGGAGAACUCUUCCAAGAGCAACCAGUAUGUUUACGGCAUCGGGGGCGGCACCGGAUGCCCCCUGCACAAGGACAGGUCCUGCUAUGUCUGCCAGAGACAUCUCCUGUUCUGUCGGGUCACACUGGGGAAGUCCUUCCUUCAGUUCAGUGCUAUGAAGAUGGCCCACUCUCCCCCAGGACACCACUCCGUCACGGGCAGACCCAGUGUGAAUGGCCUGGCUCUGGCUGAGUACGUCAUCUACAGAGGAGAGCAGGCCUAUCCAGAGUAUUUAAUCACCUAUCAGAUCCUGAAUCCAGAGUCCCCAGCAGACUGAAAGUGCUUGAGGUAAAUAGGAAGGAGGAUUAGGGCUGGGGGGAGGGAGACACAAAGGGACCCCCCCCCCCUCCUCCUCUCAGCACACAGCUCUACCACCAACGCCUGCCCAGCCCACCAACAUCUGCCCUUACCUCCUGUAACAUGACUAACCCUGAACCUGACAUCCUUCAUUUUCCUCUUGUGUCCACCGCCUUAACUCCUGUGUCAUGAUUAAUGAAAGCCAGGCGCUGCACAGCAUUCAGUACACAUGUCAAUGUCAGAGCUGGAAGGACACUGAGUUGUCGCAGCAGAGUGGGCUCAGGAACAUGACAAGGCUGCUGUCCUUGCCAUCAGUGCAAAGAUGUCCAGCUGUCCUUUCUGUAGAUAAGCCUUCCAAGUGCGUUUAACAUCAAACGCUAGUCGAACACGAAUCUUAUCUGAUCUGAUGCUAAUGGUCCAAAAACUCCGAAGUGCAGAAAGGGGGGGGGGGUGUAGAGGAGCACUGCAACUGUGGAUGAAAAGGGAUUUUUGCCGAGAACGAUUUCAGUCUAACAUCCCACUAACUCUGGAACGGGUUUGGACCUUAUCUGUGUUGAAUCCAUUCUAGAGUCAAGGGUUUUAUCUGGGAUUGCUGUGACUCUCAGUCCUGCCUCUAAAGAGAUCCAUGUGCAGCAUUAUCAAUUGGGUAAUGUUAACCAGACAUCCCCCAAACCUUGUUAGAGCCCAAAUGUUACAUUACUAAAAGGAAGUCUGGUAGUUUUAGGAGCAAAGAAAGACCUCUGCUUCUGGGGGUUAGUUCCUAAUGAAGCGUCAGUUCCCCAGUAGGCUUACAGCACAAUACGUUUCCAUAGAAACUCUUGGACAAACCUGCAAUGCAUUCCCUAUUGCGGGGCAACUAUCGUCUUUAAACGACAGAGACGAGCAUAGUGAUCACACUCUGUCCCUUAGUUACGCUGAUGGUGGUCAACAACAUUUCCUGAAAACACACCCUUGGUCCACAUGUGGAAGAGGUCCAGUACUAUAACCAGAUCUUUACUUUAGUCAGCUGACAGGUUUAGAUUUGACUCACGUGUCUUAAAAC